AUGAACGACUCGGCCGCGCCAUGGUGGCCGGACGGCGGCCCGUGGUCCAACGACUCGUGGUGGAACGGGACCCCGCCGUCGGGGAACGCCUCGUCGGGCCCGCGCGAGGGAUGGGACAGGUGGUCGCUGCUGCUCGCCCAGGACCGGGCGCUGCUGCUGCUGCUGCUGCUGCUGUUCUCGGUGACGACCGUGUUCGGCAACACGCUCGUCAUCCUGGCCGUGGUGCGCGAGCGCUACCUGCACACGGCCACCAACUACUUCGUGACGUCGCUCGCCGUCGCCGACUGCCUCGUCGGCCUCGUCGUCAUGCCCUUCUCCGCCGUGUACGAGGUGCUCGAGCACACGUGGUUCUUCGGCGGCGACUGGUGCGACGUGUGGCGCAGCCUCGACGUGCUCUUCAGCACCGCGUCCAUCCUGAACCUGUGCGUGGUGUCGCUGGACCGCUACUGGGCCAUCACCGACCCCAUCACCUACCCCAUGCGCAUGACGUUCCGCCGCGCCGGCCUGCUGAUCGCCGCCGUGUGGGUGUGCUCGGGAGCCAUCUCGUUCCCGGCCAUCGCGUGGUGGCGCGCCGUGCGCACCGAGGAGGUGCCCGCCUUCAAGUGCCCCUUCACAGACCACCUCGGCUACCUCGUCUUCUCGUCCACCAUCUCCUUCUACCUGCCGCUGUUCGUCAUGGUGUUCACCUACUACCGCAUCUACCGCGCCGCCGUGGUGCAGACGCGCUCCUUGAAGCUGGGCUCGAAGCAGGUGAUGAUGGGCGCCGGCGAGCUCGAGCUGACCUUGAGGAUCCACCGCGGCGGGGCGGGCGGCAGCGGCGGCUCGGGAGACGGCCGGCCCCUGUACCACGCCGACGACCUCCCUCCGGACCCGGAGGAGUCUCCCAGCCAGCACAACGGCCUGGCGCGCAACCCCUCCGCGCGCCUCGUCGCACACCCCCACCCCCACCACCACCACCACACCAAGACGCUCGGCAAGAACUUCUCGCUCAGCCGCAAGCUGGCCAAGUUCGCAAAAGAGAAGAAGGCCGCCAAGACGCUGGGCAUCGUCAUGGGCGUGUUCAUCGUGUGCUGGCUGCCCUUCUUCGUGGUGAACCUGCUGUCCGGGUUCUGCGCCAGCUGCAUCUACCAGGAGCAGCUGGUGUCGGCCGUUGUCACGUGGCUGGGCUGGAUCAACUCCAGCAUGAACCCCGUCAUCUACGCGUGCUGGAGCCGCGACUUCCGCAGGUCAGUGCGCGCCGCGCCCUCGUCG